AUGAAGAUUUCUAGCUUCUUUUUCAGCUCGAUUUUUGCUUUUGACGCGAGAGCAAAAUUGAGAGAAAUUGCCCGAGAUUUCGACUUAGAAGAAUGCAAAGAUCAGUUUUCAGCUGGAGAUCUCGAAAAAGCUGGAUGUCGAUAUUUUGGAAAAUUCAUCGAAUUCGGCUGUUUGGAAGAUAUUGUCAGGGGCCCCUGCGCCGCGAAUCAUCAGAGAUGGGCGUUUGAUGCUAACUCUAGAAUGUGCAAGCAAUUUCGAUUUGGCGGCUGCGCUGGAACCAACAACAACUUCCAACGAGAAGACGAGUGCGAGCGAAAAUGCAAACCAGACUGGGACAUCAUCUCUUCUGCUGGAAUCAUUUCUAGCGAUCUCGCGGAGGAGAUGAAAAAAGUCAUCACGCAGCGAUCAGCUCAAAUUGUAAGCAAAAUGGUCGAACCAACUUUUGGGCGAAACGAGUUUGAAGUGGAAAUGGGGGCGAAAAAGACUCAGCCAAAGGGUUGUGAUUCGCCAGGAAUGAAUGUUUACAUUCGAAAUAUUCUUUGUGGAAAUAUUCAUUGA